CACGGAUCACACGUUUGCACAUGCAAACCUGGAUAUACUGGAGAUGGACGCAAUUGUACAGGUACAAUCAAUAAUCUUAGAGGCCUUCAGAUUCGUUUUGACUAUAAUGAUGAAUUUUUGUUUGUUGUUGCUGUUAUUGUUGUUUUUUGUCUUGUUUUGUUUUGAUACCGUGGAAAACCAAGUUUUAAUUUCUGUAAUACAAGGGGAGGCAGUUACCCGACUAGGACAUUUGGAGUGAUAACAGAUAACUUGUUUUCUUUAUUUGAGAAAAUCUCUUGUUCUCGCAAUCUACUUGCCGGUUCGCUAAUUCUGAAAUUUCACUUUGAAUUAGCGGAAAAAAGCUAGAGAGUAGUUCGAGAAAUGGUCAGACAAAAUAAAAUUUUAAAAAUCUCGCUAAUUCCGAAAUUUCACUUUCAAUCAGCAGAAAAAAGCUAGAGAGAAGUUCGAGAAAUGGUCAGACAAAGUAAAAUUUUAAAAAUUUCGCUAAUUCCGAAAUUUCACUUUCAAUUAGCGGAAAAAAGCUAAAGAGAAGUUUGAGAGAUGGUCAGACAAAGUAAAAUUUUAAAAAUUUGUAAAGUUUAAGCUAAGCCCUAUGUUUUGUACUCUGAAAGAGCACUCUUUUUCGACCGAAGGCAACACGCGUUAUAUCGGAACUUUAUUAUAAUUAAAGGGGGUAAGUUUCUAAAGAAACGGUGGUGCUGCGUCAGUGGGAGGGUAUAGCAGGUAAUUUAGUGUUAAAAACUUGGUUGAAAACGUAAAUUGGUCACCCUUAAGAGGAAAAGGGCUGAUGUUUUGAGCGUUAGCCAGCUUAAGCCCUUCGUCAGAUCGAGCGAUGGGAGGAGUUGUGGGUUGUGUGUCAGUUUAUAUGUUCAAUCUUCUCGACUUGUACUUUGCGUGCGCGAGCGGUGACAUGUCCUAUAUUAAAACAGUCGGAAAUCGGUGAUCAAAAUUCGCGGGUGACACUGUACUCUCUAGCGUCAUAGGAAUUUGCAAUGUUGCCCGCUCAGAGACUUAUGUGACGCCAAAUAGACCAAUGAUAGUGUGUGUCCGUAGAGAAAAAAAAUCUGUUCCUGGGCAACAACACAUUGUACAUUAAAAUAUCUUACUUUGCACUGUGACGCAUCAUAUAUUUUCAGACAUUGACGAGUAUAAAUUGAAUCUCUGUAAUCAAUAACAAAAUAUAAUUAUUUCUCCCGACCAUGACAAUUUUGUUUCAUAACUAGAAACUGAAAUCGCGUUACUAUUCAGAUGGAUAAAUGGCUGAAUUUUAAUUACAUAGCGUCGUUGAUGGCCGUAUAUGAGAUUUUUUUUUAUUAUAAAUAUCGGUGUUCAAAGGUUACAAGUACGAAAUUUUGUGGCAGUAAGUUUUCUCUAUCUCCAGGUGACAUUUAUUGUAGCUUGACUUUGACGUAAUAUGUAUGUUCUCUUUCAGACAUUGACGAAUGCAGUGAGGCUAAUGCCGAUAAAAUGAACAAUUGCCAUUCUAAAGCCUCUUGUUCUAAUACUCAGGGCUCUUACAAUUGUUCCUGUAAUCCUAAAUACACAGGGGAUGGUUUAAGCUGUAAAGGUACGUUUGGUAUCUACCAUGCCAUCAAAUUAGUUAUGGUAGCUAUAGUUUAGACUCGAUCUAAAUCGUUUCAUCUCAAGUGGUCAUCAGCGACCAUGUUGCUGCUCGGUCAAACGUAAACUACGUGCGCUGCACCUUCAGUUCGCCGAAAGCUGUACUUUAAUGCGUUAUUGAAGAAAGAGGAAACACAAACUCAGAUACUGCUAUCCAUGGUUAACAAAAUUUAAUUUCCCACGUCUUUAGAUUUUGAUGACCAUAAUCGUGUCAUUUGACUCUUUUAGUCGAUCCUUGCUAUGAAUACAAAAACCUGAGUGAUCCUCAGAGAAAGAGCAGUUACCCAACUCCCUUGUAUGAAGCUUCGUGUGACAAGACACUCGAUGGGUGGUAUCGUUUUGUGGGAGCUGCAGGAACAAAAAUGCCAACAACGCGUGUGGCAGAAAAGAAAUGUGGUGCAGUCUACUCUGGCUGGCUGGAAGGUACUCAUCCUACUGUGGAACAUGGCGAGGUUUUCAGGAAGGUCUGCUUUAGUUAUAAUUUAGAUUGCAGAUACAAAAUCCAAAUUUAUGUGAAGAACUGCUCAUCCUACUAUAUCUACAAACUUCAUCGCCCGCCGUGUAAUUCGCGCUACUGUGGCACAGACUGA